GCCAGUUCAGUCUGUCAGCCAGUCCAGUCAGUCAGUCCAGUCUGUCGGUGACCCUACUGGGACAAUGAUAACCUUCCUCAUAACAGGUGUCCUCUUGCUCUUCCUUCAAUCCAUCCUGGGGGCUCCUGGAACAGAUGGUCCCUUUGUUCUCUACAAUACAGGCAGUAAGACAUGCUUGGGUCCAUGUAACUCAGAUACACUGCGCUGGCUGUCAGAGGGACGUCUCUACUACACCAAAGAAGGGAAAUGUCUUGGGGUGUCUGGGAAGACAGAGGGCAGUAGUGUGGUAUAUUUAGACUGUGAUGGGAAGAGUGAUCUCCAGCAAUGGGAGUGUCAUAACAACACCCUGCUCACCCUCAAAGGACACAGUUUGUACCUCAACAACAACAACAACAAUAAACUGGUGCUGUCUAAAGACACAGGGUCCCGGAGUCUCUGGGUCAUCUUUGGAACAACAGAAGGCCCCUGUACAAGGACCCACAGAGAACUCUAUACCAUUGACGGUAAUGCAUUUGGACGUCCCUGUCAGUUUCCCUUUCGGUACAAAGACAAAUGGUAUGUGGAUUGUACCACCAUAGACUCCUCUGUCAAACGCCUCUGGUGUGCAAUAGAAACAAACUACCAAGACAAUGAACUGUGGGGCUACUGUCCAACCACAACCACUGAACAUUGGCAUAAGAACCCGGUCACUGGUUCAUUUUACCAGUUGAACCUCCACUCUGCCCUGACCUGGCACCAGGCUCGGACCAGCUGUCAACAGCAGGGAGCAGACCUUGCCUCCAUCACUGAACCCCACCAACAGACUUACAUAUCAGGCCUCUUUGGUAAAGCUCAUGUGUCGGUGUGGACGGGUCUGAACGCUCUGGAAGAGGACGGUCUCUGGCAGUGGAUCAGUGGGAAGCCUUUCCCCUACUUCCGCUGGGACUCUGGUCACCCUCUCCGUGAUCCUGGUCAGGUCUGUGGAAUGGUGGACUCAUCACAGCAGUCCUUCUGGCAGAGCUCCCUGUGUUCCAAGACACGAGGCUACAUCUGUCAGAAAGACCCACCUGCAACCCACACUGUUCACCCAGAAGAGUCUGGGUUUUGCUCCCAUCCGUGGAUUCAUUAUGCUGGUAGGUGCUACCGCAUCGAACACACAAAGAAGACCUGGACUGAAGGUCAGACAGAAUGUCGUAAAGACGGAGGAGACCUGGCCAGCAUCCACAACAUUGAACAGCAGAGCUUUGUGAUGUCCCAGCUGGGAUAUGUGGCCACUGAAGAGUUGUGGAUUGGGCUGAAUGACGUCAAGACACCACUACUGUUUGAGUGGAGCGACCAAUCUGCUGUCACCUUCACCAGCUGGGACUCAACCAUGCCAGCAGGGGGCAACUGUGUCCUGGUCAGGGGAGAGAAGGUCAGAUGGUCUACCCAGGAGUGUGAGAAGCAGUAUGGUUUCAUCUGUAUGAAGAGGUCUUCCUCCCAACCCUCAGGACCCCAGGUGGACACCAACCCAGGCUGCAAACCACAUUGGAUCAGAUAUGGCUCCUACUGCUACUUUGUGGGACAGGAGACCAAGACCUUUGAUGAAGCCAAUGAGAACUGCAGGAGCUUACAGUCAAAUCUGGUGGAUGUUUCUAGCGGGGUGGAUAAUGCAUUCCUGAUUAGCCUGGUUGGCUACAGGCCUGAGAAGCACUUCUGGAUCGGUCUCUCCAACCAGAAACACAUUGACAUCUUCACCUGGACCAAUGGAAACCGGGUCAAGUACACCCACUGGAAUGCACAGAUGCCAGGUAUUUCACAAGGAUGUGUAGCCAUGACAACAGGGAUUCUAGCAGGAUUAUGGGAUGUGCUGAGCUGCACCAAUCAGGAGAAGUAUAUCUGUAAACACCAGGCAGAAGGGGUUGUGCCAACACAGGAACCUGUCACACCAGUCCUUCCCAGCUGCCCUGAAGACUGGGAUCCUGUGGGUUCUCGAAACUACUGCUUCAAGUUCUUCACAGGGCCUCGCAAAGAUGAGAAGACCUGGUUUGAGGCUCGGGAAUUCUGCAAGGCGAUUGGAGGAGACCUACUCAGCAUCCACAGCGCAACUGACCUUCAGUCUUUAAGUCUUGUCCGCAGAGGAAAGGCUUGGAUCGGCCUGAGUGCUCAGGACCCAAAUGCUGGCUACGUCUGGACUGAUGGGUCACCACUGUACUUCCAAAACUGGAAGAAUGGUGAACCCAACAAUUACAAUGGAGUGGAGUCCUGUGCUGAGAUGUAUUUCAGUUACAGUCAUUACCGGCAGCCUGGAGGAUCCUGGAAUGAUGCACACUGUGAAAGUUACAACGACUGGAUGUGUGAGAUCCGUAAAGGAGUGACCCCACUACCUCCUCCCCAAAACACUGUUCCUGAGUACAAUGUGACAGAGGAUGGUUGGCUGGAAUAUGGAGGCUCCCAGUAUUACUUCAAUAGUCAUGUGAUGGCCAUGGAGGACGCCAGAGACUUCUGUCGCCAGAGACAUGCGGACCUGGCAGUUAUCAACACACUCACAGAAAAUACAUUCCUGUGGAAAAAGAUAAAGAAAGAGGGUUUUGGAUCACAUUACAUUGGACUAACAGUUGAUCUUGACAAGUCGUUUGGGUGGAUGGACGGUUCUCCAGUAGUGUUCCAGAGAUGGGAUGAAAACCAACCAGACUUCAAAAACAACGAUGAGAACUGUGUAGUCAUGACAAGCUAUUUGGGUUUCUGGCAUGAUUAUAACUGUGGUACUGAAAUGAGAUCCAUCUGUAAGAGGAGUGUCUCUCAUCCACCAAACAGCACAGUGGCUCCUACUGUUCCCCCAACUGGAGGUUGUCCCCCAGAUUGGACCCAGUACCAGUCAAAGUGUUACAAGUUGAUUGGAUACCGGUCACCAAGUACCUGGCUGGAGGCCAGAAAGCAGUGUCAAUCAGUGGGAGCAAACCUGGCGUCCAUCGCCAAUAGGGGAGAACAAGUGUUUCUGACCACCCAGAUGGGUCCUGGUGCUACUGACCUGUGGAUUGGACUGAACUCCUUAGAGCGUUCAUCCUUGGUUUGGACCGAUGGCCGGGCAAGGAAGUACUUCAACUGGGUUCCCAAUUGGGAUUCUCGCUAUCGUGAUAUUCCUAAUUUAUUUUGGAGGCGGAUGAGGCCGUUGAAUAAUCUGCAUGAGUGGUGGAUGUGGCAGUAUAAUAACCAGAAUAAGUGUGCUGUGAUGUCAAGCACCCACUCCAUCUUGGGAAAAUGGAAACUCAUAUCCUGCAAUGACACACACGGCUUCAUUUGUCAACGCAAAGUUGACCCUGGCAUCCCAGUCCCAGCCCCAACUGUGUUUCCCAGAAGCUGGAUGAAGGUCGGCAAUGACUCCUACAAGGUCCUGCUACAGAACAUGACAUGGUCGGAGGCCCGGGUCCAGUGUGAGACUGAGCAGGGCCAGCUGGCCAGCACCCUGGAUGAACUGUCAGCAGCCUACCUGGAGCUGCAGGCUCUGAAGCUGGAGACACCAGUGUGGAUUGGACUCAAUAAGGAUGAGACACAAGGCUACUUCAGGUGGAUCGACGGCUGGCACCUGAACAUGGUUCAAUGGGCCAAGAAUGAGCCCAGCAGAGACCGACCCUGUGUCUACCUGGAUGUAGACGGCACCUGGAAGACAUCCCUCUGUAACCACACCUACCCCAGUGUGUGUAAACAGUCAACAGACAUCCCGCCCACCCCCCCACCCCAGUACCCAGGGGAGUGUUACCAGGACGAUGAUGAGACCGGUUGGUUGCCCUUCAGAGGACACUGUUACAGCUUUUUCACUGACGACAUGGUGUGGACGGAUGCCUCCACCAGCUGUUUGAGGAAAGGGGCGACCCUGGUGAGCAUUGAAGACCCUGUAGAACUUAACUUCAUAAUGAAAAACCUGGAGUUUCUGAAAGACAGCCACCCCUCCUUCUGGAUAGGACUGUACAAAACACACCUAGGUCAGUGGAAGUGGCUGGAUGAAAGCGUGCUGGACUAUACUAAUUGGGCUGAAGGAGAACCUCGGAACUCUUCCAGAAACAUCUAUGGAUAUGGAAGGAUUCUCUCUUCUGAUGGGACCUGGAGCACUGGAACAAGCUGGAGUGACAAACCAUACAUCUGCAAGAGACCCAAAAUUUUACCAGAAACACAACCAACUCAUGGAACCUAUCAGAAAUUAGGUCAGAAGCGUGUGUAUUAUGGUCUGGCUGUGGUGGUGGUGAUGGCUGCAUUCUGUCUGAUGGGACUCACAGCUGCAUGUCUCUACAAGAACACCGGUCGUCCCCUGCCCUCCUUCAGUAAACCCCUGGUCUUCCACCCAGGAUGGAGAGCCUUCAACAACCCCCUUUACAGUGAGCCGGUCAACAAGGACGACCUGGUCAACACCAACACAGUCGACAGUAGCCAACUGGUUGACCACAUGGAGGAGGAGCCACAGUCUAUGAUUACUCUGUGAUAGGAGGAUGGUGAUGACAUAAGGGAGGAGCCACAGUCUAUGAUUACUCUGUGAUAGGAGGAUGGUGAUGACAUAAGGGAGGAGCCACAGUCUAUGAUUACUCUGUGAUAGGAGGAUGGUGAUGACAUAAGGGAGGAGCCACAGUCUAUGAUUACUCUGUGAUAGGAGGAUGGUGAUGACAUAAGGGAGGAGCCACAGUCUAUGAUUACUCUGUGAUAGGAGGAUGGUGAUGACUAGAGUGUUCACAGUGUUGUUUGACUAAUUGACUAUAUUGUAUGAACAUUGGACUUUAUAAUCUUCAUUUAUAAUUAUAGAAGUGCAUAUUUCACUUUCAAUACUUCUAGAUACAUGUUCUCCAAUAAUAUAUGUAAGCAAUAUGUUACGUGGGGGUGUGGUAUAUGGCCAAUAUAGCACAGUAAAGGGCAGUUCUUGGACACAGCUCUCAGUCAUGUUAUAUUGGGGAUAUAUCACAAAGCCCACCAGAUGCCAUAGGGUAACUGACACCAUGUCUAAGUGUUCAGGCAUGCUAUGGUUUAUCGGUCGUAUACAACACCCCCCAUGCCUUAUUACCUGAAUAUAUAGCUCCAGAACAAAAUUUUACCACUGCACCUCUUUCUUUCCUUUCCAAAAAAGUUGAAAAGGAAGGUUUUGAGUGAGAAACUGAAGCAUUGCAGUGAUCUUUUAAUUUUAACCCUUCUGUUCCUCACAAAAUUAAUAAAACAACUAAAUGGUAAUGCCAGUUGACAGAUGAGCCUAACACCAGCACAGUUUAACAGAUUGGAACUUAGAAAGAAAUGUAGAGAGGAACUAGACUCUGAACGGUGGCCAGUCCUCUUCUGACUUUGCCGGGUGAGGACUUUGGACACUGACAGAUACAAGUCUUGAGCCUUGUAGUCCUGUAGCUCAUGUCCUCCUAAACAUAACUGGACCGGCACCGUAAAACCUCGGGGCUGAGACAGGAGGGUCCAGAGACACUUUUGACGAUAAACCCAGACAGGGCUCCACAGGCAGGAAAGUUAUCAUAUCUUCUUGUGAAAUGUGCCCACUGCAAUCCUUCCACUUCACUUAGCCAGAAUUGUAUUAUUGGUAGAAUCACAGUUGGGUAAUGUAGCAAUUGGGUAAUAUUUGGGUUUCAGGCGAACAAAAAUGCAACCACAGAUUUUAAUGACCCACCCAGCAGAGAACAGAGGAAAGAGGAACUGUGUGAUACAGUCAUGAAUCAGUGAAGCAGCUACGUUCUUACUCUCAUGUUUGCCAUCUUGUGUAUUUGGCUUUGCUCCUCAAGAAAUGUGAGAAACUAAUGAAAAGAUUCUGCAUGGUCCCGUCUUAUAUCAUAUUUAUAAAGUGCUACUUUUCACUUUAGUGUUCCACACAGUUCAGCUCUUGGACCCCUGGUGUUUUCUGUAUACUGUAGAUGUUAACAAGGAAAUACAUGCCACAAUGUAAAUAACCAUAACCAUUUUGAAAUCACUCUCAAAGUUUUGAGCUACAGUGCCUAUAGAAAGUCACAAAUACGUGCUACUUAUGCCGUAUAAUGAAUUGUCCAUAAUCAUUAUAAAAUGACUGUGAAAGGGUUGUUAUGGACAUUUUGAACUACGGUGCAUUUGAGAAACGUCUGUCUUUCUAUUGGCUGGUAUG